AUGUCUACUGAAAAUAAAGCUAAACUUUACAAAAAUGCUGGAAAACCUGAUGAUUUGCGUCGUCGUCGAACUGAAACUUCGGUUGAACUUCGCAAACAGAAGGGAGAUGAUGCGAUGAUGAAACGUCGAAAUUUAACUGUAGACCUUAAUGAGUCAUACAAUUCUGCGUCUGAUACUGAAGAACAACCAAAAGACAAACAAGUUCAACAGUCACCUGAACGGAAACUGAUGACAAUUGAGGAAGCUGCUUCAAUUCUUCAAGCUCAGCCAACGAUUGAACAAAUUCGAGAUGCCUUUGAAGCGGUCCGCAGAACACUUUCUCGUUCAGCAGACCCACCUAUAGACCAUAUUAUUCAGUCUGGCUUUCCUCUGGCUUUGGUUCAAGCUUUGUCUGAUGAAAAAGUCCAAUUUGAAGCAGCCUGGGCUAUUACUAACAUUGUUUCUGGUAACUCUCGUCAGACGGCUGCGAUGGUGGAUGCUGGAGUAAUUACUCCACUUCUUCAUAUUAUUUCAAUCUCAUCAUUAAAGCUAGCGGAACAGGCUUUAUGGGCUAUUGCAAAUAUUGCUGGUGACAGUGUUCGAAUGCGAGAUGCUCUAUUUUCUCAAGGGAUUGUUCCAAUUCUUGUUGAAUUGACAAAGAAAGUUACUCCUGACUUUGACCCUCCUUUUGCUCGUAUUCUUGCUUGGACUAUUUCAAAUUUGUGUCGUUAUAAGAAGCCGCCGACUCCUUUUGAAAUUUUGAAACAAUUUGCACCUUCAAUCUCUAUUUUGCUUAAACACAAUCACAAAGUGACGGUAAGUCUGGCCAAGUUGUGUUUGGGCUAUUUUCUUUCAAAAAAUCUUUUAUUUGUUUAUAAUUAUUUUUUUAAAGCUUGUUGGGCUCUUUCAUAUUUAACUGAUGGAACUGACGAGAACAUUCAACUAGCAAACAAAGAGAAUGUUAUGCCUUUGCUAAUCGACUUUAUCAACUCUGGCCAGAAUUCGCUUGUUUCGCCUGCUCUUCGUACUGCAGGAAAUUUCGCUACUGGAAGCGAUGAAUUGACUUCUGAGGUUAUUGACGCCAAAUUACUCCCUAUAAUAUUUCGAAUUCUUGAACAUGGUGAACACAAACUUCAAUGCGAGGCUGGAUGGGCAGUUGCAAAUUUAGCUCAUGGGGGUGCAGUCAAUCAAAUUUUGGCGAUUUUGCGUGUUAAAGGUUCUAUUGAAGCAAUUUGUAGCAAUUUGGCGGUUAAAAACAAUGAAUUGGUGGCUAAUAUGUUGGAGGCAUUAUUUAGUAUUUUGAAUACUGUUGCUUCAAAUGAUCCUGACCGUCUUUCAAAGAUUUGUGAACGCGUUGAGGAAUGCGGGGGUUUAGACAAAAUCGAAAAACUUCAAGAACACGAAUCUGAGCAAAUCUAUCUAAUUUCUUAUAAAAUUAUUGAGGAAUUCUUUUCUGAUGAAGAAGAUAGUGAACUUGCUAUUGGAAUGGAAGAACAACAGCCACAACAGGGGGGACAUUUUAAUUUUUAA